CUUGCCCCGGACUGACAUCAGAAGCCGAUUAGACGAGCAAUAAAUCCCAAACCCACCAGCCGCCGCCGCCGCCGCUCUCCGUGACGCCGUGAGUCUCCCCACCGACCACCGCGGCACUACAACUAUGAUGGUCCCGCUCGACCCCGCGGGCAAGCCCACCUCGCAGCGCCGCAUCUCGGAGGGCGACACCGUCGUGGUUUACGAGCGCCACGACGCGAUGCGCGCCGUUGCCGUGCGCGCCGGCGGCGUGCUCCAGAACCGAUUCGGCGUCUUCCGCCACGACGACUGGCUCGGCCGCCCCUUCGGAUCCAAGGUCUACAGCUCCCCCGCCGCCGUCGGAGGAGGCAAGGGUGGCAGCGGCAAGGGGGGCGGCGCUAAGGGGUUCGUGCACCUCCUAGCGCCGACCCCGGAGCUCUGGACGCUGGUGCUCAGCCACCGGACGCAGAUCCUCUACAUCGCCGACAUCAGCCUCGUCGUCGCCUACCUCGAGCUCGUCCCCGGCUGCGUCGUGCUCGAGUCCGGCACCGGCAGCGGCUCGCUCACCACAUCGCUGGCACGCGCCGUCGCGCCUCACGGCCACGUCCACACCUUCGACUUCCACGAACAGAGGGCCGCCUCGGCCAGGGAAGACUUUGAGAGGAAUGGCCUAAGCAGCCUCAUCACGGUCAACGUACGGGAUAUACAAGGUGAAGGAUUCCCAGAGCAGCAUCGUGGUGUUUCUGAUGCUGUCUUCCUGGACUUGCCCCAGCCUUGGCUUGCAAUACCAUCUGUUGGGUUGAUGCUAAAGCAAGACGGAAUUUUGUGCUCCUUUUCACCUUGCAUUGAGCAAGUGCAGCGUGCUUGCGAAGCUAUGAGACCCUGUUUCACAGAUAUUAGAACCUUUGAAAUUCUUCUCCGCACCUAUGAAGUAAGAGAUGGUUCUCUCAAGAGUGCCACUGCCAAUGAAGAUCCUACUGUAGGGCCUCUUCCACUGAAAAGAAAAAAAAUUGCACAGCCCGGAGAAAUCUCGGACUCACAGAAGAACUCCUGUGUUUUGGUUAGACCGUGCAGCACUGCUAGAGGACACACUGGCUACUUGACGUUUGCAAGGCUUCGCUUGUGCGGGAGCCAAACUGAAUCUUAAAAUAGGGGAGUGUAAGAAUUAGCAGAUGACAAAUGGAUAGGUAAUUAGGCCCCAACUUUUAUAGCAGUAAAAUAGUUGUACUGGUCUGUUGUUAUCUGCGAGGAAAAUCCGGUAAGGAGAGGCCAAAGACUGUUGUUUUAUCUACCCCCUUAGGUGUUGCUCACAGUAAUUUAUUUUUUGAAUACUCCGCUCAGUUAAUUUUGGCAGUUGCUAAACAACUUUUUUUUUCGUUGUUGAGUCCUGCAGACUCACUGCCAUCUA